GCAUCACAGGAACAAUACAACCGUGCCCACAACGCGCAUUACACAGGAGAAUAAUUUCUCAAAGAGUAUCUGUUUCACUGCAAGUUUACCAGCAUGCACACCAUGCAGUUAAGAGUAGCCACACCACUUCUUCUCGUGCUGUGCGUGUUGGUCAGCAGUGUUGGUCUUGAACGCGCGACGGCACGAAAGGAGCUGCCUCUCAACACCGCGUUUCCUCCCGUUGUGCAGGACGCGCUGCGAUGCGAUGUGUGUGCCUUCAUCGUGGCGAACUCGCUGAAUCAUGUGGAGGCGAAGCGGGACGAGCUGCGCGCGAAGCGGCUGGCGCUGCGGGAGGAUGACGUUCUCGAAGAGACGGAAAACUUGUGCAUCCCCUUCAAAGACCAGGGCCAGUGGAUCCGGCAGGUGAGUCUGCAAGUGGCGCCAAAAUCGUCGCAGGAUGCGUCAGAGGGCCAUCAGAUGGAGGUCGGCGUGGUGAACUUCUACGGACGCUGUGGCCGUACCUGCGACACGGUAGCCGCGCUGUGCGAGGAGCUGAUGGACCGCGAUGUCAUGGACGACUUCCCGGGGCAACUACUGAAGGUCUCGAAGGAUGCGAAUAUGGCCGACGAGGCGCACCGCGACGCCGUCUUUCACCAGUUCUGCUACGCGUCAACAUACUGCAAAUUGCACCAGAAGUACGUCGUGGCGCUGGAGAAGGAGCUGCGCACGAACGUGAAUUUGCUGGAGGAGAUGAAGGCGGACAAGCCGCGUCGAAUGAAGAAGGAGGAGCUAGAGAUGGAGACGAUGAUGUACCGCCUCAUGCGCGAGCAGCGGCAAUCGGCGGACGUCUUCUCCCGUGACGAGAUUCGCAAAAUGCAGCAAGCCUUUAUUCACGGUACGAAGGAGGACGUCGCCGCCGUGGACCCCAAAGCGUUCGACCUUUCCGACGAGGAGUUCGUCGCACUGCGAGAGCACAUGCGCGCCGAUGAACGCGUUACAGGCGGCAACCGAAGAGGUCAGAAGCAAGAAGGAGAUGAGGAUGGCGACUUGUAA